AUGUUUUCAGGGAAUGAAGAAACGCCGGUUACAACCCGAGGCAGGAGCAGUGGCCUCAAACGCAAGAAGAUCUUAGAGGAAAGCAAAUCAGAGAAAGUCAUCAGGUAACAGAGAAUGGGAAUAUCGCUUUGUUUCAAGUGUUCAUGGAAUACAGUAAAACACAUGAACAGUUAAAAAGCUAUUGUCCAAAUGAAGGUGAUUCACUUUGGCAUGUCUGUGUGGUUUAGGAUUGAGGAUAUUGAAGCAGAGGUGGAGACUCCCAAAGAGAAGCCAGUUGCAGAGCAUCAACAAGAGAAUAAAGAAGUUGCUGCUGUUGCUGAAUCCGACAAAGAAGAGUUAGCUGAGGUACGUAUACGAGUCAUACGAUUCGUAAACCAUUCAUAUUUUGUUUUUCAAGUGUCCCAGGAGUAAGGAAUCUUAAGUGACACACUCUCUUUAAAAAAAUAAUUGACAGGAUGUCGUUGACACAGCCAUGGAUGACCCAGCAGUAGAGCCUGAGCUCGGAGAGGAGAUUGGAGAAACUGUUACAACACAGACACUCAAGCUUCAGAAGACCACUGUGGUGCUAGUGGACCUGAAGAAAACCUUGCAACCACAAGUGGAGGUAGAAAAUGUGGCCUCAGAGAUCGAGGAGGUGGAGGAGGUGAACGAGGCUCCAAAGGAGGUGGCAGGAACCAAUGAAGACGAAGAAGAAACAGCCGAAGAACCCUCUGAGGAAAAGAAAAGAAGAGGGAGACCAAGAUCCACUCGUCUCACAAAACCUGUUGAGGCUGAGGAGGAGACGGAGGAAGAGGAGCAGCCAGCAGUUGAGGAACCUGCUGAGGAAGAGGAGAAUAUCUCACCACCUGAAGAGGAAGAAGAGGCUCCAGUUGUAGAAACAAGAGUCCUGAGGAGAGGAAGAAAAAGUGUUCCAGUUACUUCGACUCCAAAACGCAAGUCCACAAGAAGAGGCAAACAGCAUGAGGAGGAGGAGGAAGAGGUAGCUGAUGAAGAGGCAGCUGAGGAAGAAGAAGAGGCACCAGUAGUUCUGAGGAGAGAAAGGAAAUCUGCCCCUGUUCCUGCCCCUGCAACACCUCCAACUGUUGUUGAAGCAGAAGAGGCAGAGAAAACAGAUGAAACGACAGAGGAGGUAGUAGACGACAAAGUCCAGGAAAAAGCUGUUGAGGAAGAGGAAGAGAAGGCCACAACAACAACAAGCCAAGAUGAAGAGGAAGUGGAAGCAGAGAGCCUUGAGGAGGUUGUGGAAGUUCCUCCAGUUGUGGAAACUAGAGCUAAGAGGAGCAGGACAAAAACAGUCGCAGCAGCCACACCCAAACGAAAGUCCACACGAAGCAAGUCCUCUGUGGAUUAUAAGGAACAGGAUGCAGAGGAGGAGGAAACAGGAAAAGAGGAGGGGUCUGAGGAUGCUAUCAUUGAGGAGACGGAGAAGCAGCCUGAGGAACGCACAUCAGAGAAAGUCAUCAGGUAACAGAGAAUGGGAAUAUCGCUUUGUUUCAAGUGUUCAUGGAAUACGGUAAAACACAUGAACAGUUAAAAAGCUAUUGUCCAAAUGAAGGUGAUUCACUUUGGCAUGUCUGUGUGGUUUAGGAUUGAGGAUAUUGAAGCAGAGGUGGAGACUCCCAAAGAGAAGCCAGUUGCAGAGCAUCAACAAGAGAAUAAAGAAGUUGCUGCUGUUGCUGAAUCCGACAAAGAAGAGUUAGCUGAGGUACGUAUACGUGUCAUACGAUUCGUAAACAAUUCAUCUUUUGUUUUUCAAGUGUCCCAGGAGUAAGGAAUCUUAAGUGACACACUCUCUUUAAAAAAAUAAUUGACAGGAUGUCGUUGACACAGCCAUGGAUGACCCAGCAGUAGAGCCUGAGCUCGGAGAGGAGAUUGGAGAAACUGUUACAACACAGACACUCAAGCUUCAGAAGACCACUGUGGUGCUAGUGGACCUGAAGAAAACCUUGCAACCACAAGUGGAGGUAGAAAAUGUGGCCUCAGAGAUCGAGGAGGUGGAGGAGGUGAACGAGGCUCCAAAGGAAGUGGCAGGAACCAAUGAAGACGAAGAAGAAACAGCCGAAGAUCCCUCUGAGGAAAAUAAAAGAAGAGAGAGACCAAGAUCCACUCGUCUCACAAAACCUGUUGAGGCUGAGGAGGAGACGGAGGAAGAGGAGCAGCCAGCAGUUGAGGAACCUGCUGAGGAAAAGGAGAAGAUCUCACCACCUGAAGAGGAAGAAGAGGCUCCAGUUGUAGAAACAAGAGUCCUGAGGAGAGGAAGAAAAAGUGUUCCAGUUACUUCGACUCCAAAACGCAAGUCCACAAGAAGAGGCAAACAGCAUGAGGAGGAGGAGGAAGAGGUAGCUGAUGAAGAGGCAGCUGAGGAAGAAGAAGAUGCACCAGUAGUUCUGAGGAGAGAAAGGAAAUCUGCCCCUGUUCCUGCCCCUGCAACACCUCCAACUGUUGUUGAAGCAGAAGAGGCAGAGAAAACAGAUGAAACGACAGAGGAGGUAGUAGACGACAAAGUCCAGGAAAAAGCUGUUGAGGAAGAGGAAGAGAAGGCCACAACAACAACAAGCCAAGAUGAAGAGGAAGUGGAAGCAGAGAGCCUUGAUGAGGUUGUGGAAGUUCCUCCAGUUGUGGAAACUAGAGCUAAGAGGAGCAGGACAAAAACAGUCGCAGCAGCCACACCCAAACGAAAGUCCACACGAAGCAAGUCCUCUGUGGAUUAUAAGGAACAGGAUGCAGAGGAGGAGGAAACAGAAAAAGAGGAGGUGUCUGAGGAUGCUAUCAUUGAGGAGACGGAGAAGCAGCCUGAGGAACGCACAUCAGAGAAAGUCAUCAGGUAACAGAGAAUGGGAAUAUCGCUUUGUUUCAAGUGUUCAUGGAAUACAGUAAAACACAUGGACAGUUAAAAAGCUAUUGUCCAAAUGAAGGUGAUUCACUUUGGCAUGUCUGUGUGGUUUAGGAUUGAGGAUAUUGAAGCAGAGGUGGAGACUCCCAAAGAGAAGCCAGUUGCAGAGCAUCAACAAGAGAAUAAAGAAGUUGCUGCUGUUGCUGAAUCCGACAAAGAAGAGUUAGCUGAGGUACGUAUACGUGUCAUACGAUUCGUAAACAAUUCAUCUUUUGUUUUUCAAGUGUCCCAGGAGUAAGGAAUCUUAAGUGACACACUCUCUUUAAAAAAAUAAUUGACAGGAUGUCGUUGACACAGCCAUGGAUGACCCAGCAGUAGAGCCUGAGCUCGGAGAGGAGAUUGGAGAAACUGUUACAACACAGACACUCAAGCUUCAGAAGACCACUGUGGUGCUAGUGGACCUGAAGAAAACCUUGCAACCACAAGUGGAGGUAGAAAAUGUGGCCUCAGAGAUCGAGGAGGUGGAGGAGGUGAACGAGGCUCCAAAGGAGGUGGCAGGAACCAAUGAAGACGAAGAAGAAACAGCCGAAGAUCCCUCUGAGGAAAAUAAAAGAAGAGAGAGACCAAGAUCCACUCGUCUCACAAAACCUGUUGAGGCUGAGGAGGAGACGGAGGAAGAGGAGCAGCCAGCAGUUGAGGAACCUGCUGAGGAAAAGGAGAAGACUUCACCACCUGAGGAGGAAGAGGAGGCUCCAAUUGUAGAAACAAGUGUCCUCAGGAGAGGAAGAAAAAGUGUUUCAGCUACUCCGACACGCAAGUCCACACGAAGAGGCAAACAACCACAAGAAGAGAAGGAGGGGGAGGAAGAGCCAGCUGAGGAAGAAGAAGAUGCACCAGUAGUGGAAAACAUAGUUCUGAAGAGAGAUACCAGAGGCAGAUUUUCUGAUCUUGCCCCUGCUCCUGCCACACCCAGAAGCAAAUCCACACAAGCCUGCAAACAGCCUGAGGAAGAGGAGGAGAAGGAAGAGGAGUUGGCUGAACCUGUUCAGGAAGCUUUGGAAGAAAAGGUGGAGAAAGAAAAAGCAGUGGAUGAAGCAGCAGCUGCAACGGUGGAGUGUGUGGGGGAAGAGAAGGUUACAGAGGAAGGCAGAACAGAGGAAGAGGGAAAGGUGGAGGAAGAGACGGAAGAGGAAGCUGAAGCUGCAGUUGAAAGUGUACCAGUGGAGGAGGAGAGUGUUGCAGAAGAAAAGGUGGUGGAGGGAGAAACAAUUCAGGAAGAGAAAAGGGUAGAGGAAGAAAAGGAGAUUGGAAAGACUAUUACAACACAGACACUCAAGCUUCAGAAAGCCACUGUGGUGCUGGUGGACCUGAAAAAGACCUCGCGCCCACAAGUGGAGGAUGAAAAUGUGGCCACAGAGAUAGAGGUGGAGGAGGAGGAGGAGGAGGAGGAGGAUCUAAAAGAGGAGGUGGCAGGAACCAAUGAAGACGAAGAAGAGAACAAAGAAGAAACAGCCGAAGAACCCUCUGAGGAAAAGAAAAGAAGAGAGAGACCAAGAUCCACUCGUCUCACAAAACCUGUUGAGGCUGAGGAGGAGACGGAGGAAGAGGAGCAGCCAGCAGUUGAGGAACCUGCUGAGGAAGAGGAGAAGAUCUCACCACCUGAAGAGGAAGAAGAGGCUCCAGUUGUAGAAACAAGAGUCCUGAGGAGAGGAAGAAAAAGUGUUCCAGUUACUUCGACUCCAAAACGCAAGUCCACAAGAAGAGGCAAACAGCAUGAGGAGGAGGAGGAAGAGGUAGCUGAUGAAGAGGCAGCUGAGGAAGAAGAAGAGGCACCAGUAGUUCUGAGGAGAGAAAGGAAAUCUGCCCCUGUUCCUGCCCCUGCAACACCUCCAACUGUUGUUGAAGCAGAAGAGGCAGAGAAAACAGAUGAAACGACAGAGGAGGUAGUAGACGACAAAGUCCAGGAAAAAGCUGUUGAGGAAGAGGAAGAGAAGGCCACAACAACAACAAGCCAAGAUGAAGGGGAAGUGGAAGCAGAGAGCCUUGAGGAGGUUGUGGAAGUUCCUCCAGUUGUGGAAACUAGAGCUAAGAGGAGCAGGACAAAAACAGUCGCAGCAGCCACACCCAAACGAAAGUCCACACGAAGCAAGUCCUCUGUGGAUUAUAAGGAACAGGAUGCAGAGGAGGAGGAAACAGGAAAAGAGGAGGGGUCUGAGGAUGCUAUCAUUGAGGAGACGGAGAAGCAGCCUGAGGAACGCACAUCAGAGAAAGUCAUCAGGUAACAGAGAAUGGGAAUAUCGCUUUGUUUCAAGUGUUCAUGGAAUACGGUAAAACACAUGAACAGUUAAAUAGCUAUUGUCCAAAUGAAGGUGAUUCACUUUGGCAUGUCUGUGUGGUUUAGGAUUGAGGAUAUUGAAGCAGAGGUGGAGACUCCCAAAGAGAAGCCAGUUGCAGAGCAUCAACAAGAGAAUAAAGAAGUUGCUGCUGUUGCUGAAUCCGACAAAGAAGAGUUAGCUGAGGUACGUAUACUACAUUUAAACGUUAAAACGUUUCAAAGAAAUUGGGGAUCCUUAAUGUUAAGACAAACUCCCUAACCGAUAAACAAUGUUAUUAUUUUCCUCACAAAAUUCUAAUCACAGUGCAGUUAUCACAAAACAACCACUAACUUGUCCCGAUCAUCAUCAUGAAUUGAAAAUGUAAAUGAAACAAAUACCUAAUGCAACUAUGCUGUAACGUUAGUAGGAGGAGACAAAAAGCCUGUUUUUUUUAGCUACUUUAUUAACCGGAGCUGUAAUGCGUGAGGGAGCGGCGAGAGGCCCGAAGCAGAGCAUCAGCUCAAAAGUGAUGAGGGGAGCAGGGAUGGGAAGAGAGAUAGCAACCAAGUCGACUCGCGCCGGUAGACUAACCUAUUGCUAGUUAUUUAUCAUCUCAUCUGAUUACAUAGUACCUGUCUUAACUGCGUCAAACCUAGAGAAGCUAGUUAAGCUAGCUAUCCAGCUAGCUAGGCUAAUUAAGACUAGCUACAUAACCUUAACUGUGCGCUUUAGCCCCUUGAGAAUCCUACAGUAAAUAACAACAACUCCAUUCAGAAUAUUAAGUAGCAGCCUACCUGUUGGCUCUUCUUUAACUUUUAGUUCUGUCAUUUUAAUUCCAUCUUCCAUUGAUUAGACUGAUAAUUUUCCACAUCUCCUGAUAACUUUCCAAUCUCCUGACAACUUUCCAAUCUCCUGACAAUUUUCCAAUCUCCCGAUAACUUUCCAAUCUCCUGAUAACUUUCCAAUCUCCUGAUAACUUUCCACAUCUCCUGAUAACUUUCCACAUCUCCUGAUAACUUUCCACAUCUCCUGAUAACUUUCCAAUCUCCUGAUAACUUUCCAAUCUCCUGAUAACUUUCCACAUCUCCUGAUAACUUUCCAAUCUCCUGAUAACUUUCCACAUCUCCUGACAACUUUCCAAUCUCCUGAUAACUUUCCAAUCUCCUGAUAACUUUCCACAUCUCCUGACAACUUUCCACAUCUCCUGAUAACUUUCCAAUCUCCUGAUAACUUUCCAAUCUCCUGAUAACUUUCCAAUCUCCUGAUAACUUUCCAAUCUCCUGAUAACUUUCCAAUCUCCUGAUAACUUUCCAAUCUCCUGAUAACUUUCCAAUCUCCUGAUAACUUUCCACAUCUCCUGAUAACUUUCCACAUCUCCUGAUAACUUUCCACAUCUCCUGAUAACUUUCCACAUCUCCUGAUAACUUUCCAAUCUCCUGAUAACUUUCCAAUCUCCUGAUAACUUUCCAAUCUCCUGAUAACUUUCCAAUCUCCUGAUAACUUUCCACAUCUCCUGAUAACUUUCCACAUCUCCUGAUAACUUUCCAAUCUCCUGAUAACUUUCCAAUCUCCUGAUAACUUUCCACAUCUCCUGAUAACUUUCCACAUCUCCUGAUAACUUUCCACAUCUCCUGAUAACUUUCCAAUCUCCUGAUAACUUUCCAAUCUCCUGAUAACUUUCCAAUCUCCUGAUAACUUUCCAAUCUCCUGAUAACUUUCCACAUCUCCUGAUAACUUUCCAAUCUCCUGAUAACUUUCCAAUCUCCUGAUAACUUUCCAAUCUCCUGAUAACUUUCCACUCUGAGGCUGUAGCUCUAUGUUGCCUAGUGCCGGUUUGAUGACUUGUGAUUGGACGACAACAACAACAAGCUACACGCGCCACUCUCGUGAAAAGCAAAGAGCAUCAGCAGUAUAAAUGAUCAAAUGUUCUCUCUCAGCGGAAAGCGCGAUGCAGACCAUCUGCAUUGUGAAUUCACAUGGAAUUUUCAGAAAACAAACGAUCAAAUAAAUGUCCGCUUAAACGUUUAAAAAAAAAGAAAAGUCAAUUUGACACAUCCCUAAUGUAUAUGAUAUUGGUAAACAAUUAAUCUUUGUUUUUCAAGUGCUUUUCAAGUGCCCAUGAGUAAGGAGACUUAAGUGACACACUCUUUUUUUUCCUUCUAAAUUUGACAGGAUGUCGUUCACACAGCCACGGCGGACACGGCAGUAGAGCCUGCGCUUGGCGAGGAGAUUGGAAAGACUGUUGCAACACAGACACUCAAGCUUCAGAAAGCCACUGUGGUGCUGGUGGACCUGAAGAAAACCUUGCAACCACAAGUGGAGGUUGAAAAUGUGGCCUCACAGAUAGAGGAGAUGGAGGAGGAGGAGGCUCUAAAAGAGGAGGUGGCAGGAACCAAUGAAGAAGAAGAAACAGCUGAAGAGGAAAAGAAAAGAAGAGAGAGACCAAGAUCCACUCGUCUCACAAAACCUGUUGAGGCUGAGGAGGAGACGGAGGAAGAGGAGCUGCCAGCAGUUGAGGAACCUGCUGAGGAAAAGGAGAAGACUUCACCACCUGAGGAGGAAGAGGAGUCUCCAAUUGUAGAAACAAGUGUCCUCAGGAGAGGAAGAAAAAGUGUUUCAGCUACUCCGACACGCAAGUCUACACGAAGAGGCAAACAACCACAAGAAGAGAAGGAGGGGGAGGAAGAGCCAGCUGAGGAAGAAGAAGAUGCACCAGUAGUGGAAAACAUAGUUCUGAAGAGAGAUACCAGAGGCAGAUUUUCUGAUCUUGCCCCUGGUCCUGCCACACCCAGAAGCAAAUCCACACAAGCCUGCAAACAGCCUGAGGAAGAGGAGGAGAAGGAAGAGGAGUUGGCUGAACCUGUUCAACCUGCUGUGGAAGUGGAGAUCUCGCCACCUGAGGAGGAAGAGGAGGCUCCAGUUGUAGAAACAAGAGUCCUGAGGAGAGGAAGAAAAAGUGUUCCAGCUACCCCGACUCCAAAACGCAAGUCCACAAGAAGAGGCAAACAGCCCGAGGAAGAGGAGAAUAUGGAGGAGCCAGAGGAAAAAGAGGCCGCUGAGGAAGAAGAAGAGGCACCAGUAGUGAAAGCAAGAGUUCUGAGGAGAGGAAGGAAAUCUGCUUCUGCUUCUGCUCCUGCCCCUGCAACACCUAGACGCAAAUCCACACGUGCCAGCAAAGAACCUGAAGAGGAGGAGGUGGCUGAAUCUGUGCGGGACGCUGUGGAUGAAAAGGAGGAAGUAAAACCAGUGGAAGAAGAAAAGGCAGAGGAGAAAGCAACACUAAUGGAUAAAGAGGACAUGGUGGAGGAAGCUGCAACAGUGGAGAGUGUGGGGGAAGAAAAGGUGACAGAGGAAGCCAUAUCUGAGGAAGAGGGAAAGGUGAAGGAAGAGAAGGAAGAGGAAGCUGAAGCUGCACCUGAAACUGCAACAGUGGAGGAGGGGAGUGUUGCAGAAGAAAAUGUGAAUGAAGAAGCAACAACUGAGGAAGAGGUAAAGGUGGAGGAAGAGAAGGAAGCGGAGAGAGUGGAAGAAGAAAAGAUUGAGGAUGCCGCAGCUGAAACUAUUAGUGUGGAAGAAAAGAUGGAGGAGGAAGCAACAACCACAGAGGAAGAAAAGGAAGAGGAAAAAGUUGAGGAAGAGAAGAAAGAAGAAAUAGUUAUUGAACUAGCUGUAGAACAACUAGCUGAGGAAGUUGCUGUGUUAGAAGAGGCAGAAAAAGUGGAGGAGAAAGAGGAAGCAAAGCCAUUUGAGGAAGAGGAGAAGACUUCACCGCCCGAGGAGGAAGAGCAAGCUCCAGUAGUGGAGGAAGAGGAUGCUCCAGUUGUAGAAACAAGAGUUUUGAGGAGAGGAAGAAAAAGUGUUCCAGCUACUCCGACUCCUAAGCGCAAGUCCACAAGAAGAGGCAAACACGCGGAGGAAGAGCCAGCUGUGGAAGAAAAGGCACCAGUAGUGGGAACCAGAGUUCUGAGGAGAGGAAGCAGAGGCAGAGUUUCUGCUCCUGCCCCUGCCACACCCGGAAGCAAAUCCACACGAGCCCGCAAACAACCUGAGGAGGAGAAGGAAGAGGAGGUGGAAGCAGAAAUGGUAGAUGAGAAAAAGAUGGAGGAGGUGGUUGCACCUGUUCAGGAAGCUGUGGAGGAAGAAAAAGCAGUGGACAAAGUAGAAGCUGAAACUGCACCAGUGAAAGAGGAGAAUGUUGCCGAACAAAAGGUGGUGGAGGGACAAACAACUCAGGAGGAGAAAACGGUGGAAGAAGAAAAGAUUGAGGAAUUUGCAGCUGAAACUGCUACUGUGGAAGAAAAGGUGGAAGAAAAAACACCUGAAAAUGAGGAAAAGGUUGAAGAAGAGAAGGAAGCAGAAGCUGAAACUGCACCAGUAGAAGAGAAGAGUGUUGCAGAAGAAAAGGUGGAGGAAGAAGCAAAACCCACAGACGAAGAAAAUGUGGAAAAAACAACAACUGAGGAAGAGGAAAAAGUUGAGGAAAAUAAGAAAGAGGUGGAAGCAGAAGAGGAAGAAAUUGUUGAAAUGGAUGUAGAAAAACUAGCAGAUGUAGGUAAAGAGGCAGAACAAGUGGAGGAGGCAACAGCAGUUGAAAGUGUUGCAUAUGAAGUGGUAGGAAAGCCAGUUGAGGAACCUGCUGAGGAAGAAGAGAAGACUCCACCACCUGAGGAGGAAGAAGAGGCUCCAGUUGUAGAAACAAGAGUCCUGAGGAGAGGAAGAAAAAGUGUUCCAGUUACUCCUCCAAAACGCAAGUCCACCCGAAGAUGCAAACAAGCUGAGGAAGAGGAGGAGGAAGAAAAGCCAGCUGUGGAAGAAGAGGCUCCAGUUGUGGAAAGUGUUGCAGAGGAAGUGGUAGUAAAGCCAGUUGAGGAACUUGCUGAGGAAGAAGAGGAGACUCCACCACCUGAGGAGGAAGAAGAGGCUCCAGUUGUAGAAACAAGAGUCCUGAGGAGAGGAAGAAAAAGUGUUCCAGUUACUCCUCCAAAACGCAAGUCCACCCGAAGAUGCAAACAAGCUGAGGAAGAGGAGGAGGAAGAAAAGCCAGCUGUGGAAGAAGAGGCUCCAGUUGUGGAAAGUGUUGCAGAGGAAGUGGUAGAAAAGCCAGUUGAGGAAAAGAAGACCUCACAACCUGAGGAGGAAGAGGAGGCUCCAGUUGUAGAAACAAGAGUCCCGAGGAGAAGGGAAAAAAGCACUCCUGUUAAUCCUCCAAAACGUAGGUUCACACCAAGAGGCAAGCAAGCCGAGGAAAAUGAGAAGGAGGAGGAAGAAAAAGUAGAGGAGGUGGCUGAACAUGUGCCGGAAGCUGUGGAGGAAAAGGAGGCGGCAGCUGAGGAAGAUGAGGCACCAGUAGUGGAAGCCAAAGUUCUGAGGAGAGGAAGGAGAUCUGCCCCUGUCACACACAGACGCAAAUCCAAACGAGCCCGCAAAGAACCUGAAGAAGAGGAAGAGGCGAACGAGGAGGAAAAGGUAGAGGAGGAAAACGCAGUGGAGGAGAAAAAGGUGGUUGAGGUUGAGGAGAAUAAGACAGAGGCAGAUGUUGCGAUGGAGGAGGAAGAAGAAAAAGUUGAAGAGUCAGCAGAGACAAAAGAGGAAGAAGCCAUCACACAGCAGCCAGAGGAGGUGGCAGAGCAAACAGAGGGGAAGAAAGAAGUAGAGAACACUGCUGAAACAGAAGAAGAAGAAAAGGGAGCUGACGAAGAAACGGCUAAAGCGGUAGAGAAGAAGGAGGAAGGAGACACCACCAAUGUGGAGGAAAAUACUGACGAGGCAACAGCGACUCCUGCUGCUUCUCAAGAUGAAGUAGAGGGAGUAGAUGGUGAAGCUUCAGAGGAAGAGAAGGGAGAAACUCCAGCGGUUGAAGCGGAAGAGGCAGAGAAAACAGAAGAAACUACAGAGGAAGUAGAAGACAAUGUCCAGGACAAAGCUGUUGAGGAAGAGGAUGAGAAGGCCACAACAACAACAACAAGCCAAGAGGAAGAGGAAGUGGAAGCAGAGAGCCUUGACGAGGUUGUGGAAGUUCCUCCAGUUGUGGAAACUAUAGCUAAGAGGAGCAGGACAAAAAUAGUCGCAGCAGCCACACCCAAACGGAAGUCCACACGAAGCAAGACCUCUGUGGAUUAUAAGGAACAGGAUGCAGAGGAGGAGGAAACAGGAAAUGAACCCACGGUGGAAGAAGGGGAGGAUAACGUAGCGACAGAAGAGGAAAGCGUAGUAGAGGAGGAGGGAAAAGAAAAAGAGGAGGGUGCUAUCGUCGAGACGGAGAAGCAGCCUGAGGUAACGAGAGUUCUAAGAGUGAGGCUAACUGCCAUGCCCAUAACCACACCCAUGGCCACACCCACACCACAGCAUACAUCCACAAGAAGCAGCAAAAUAGUUACACCUGAGAAGGUCGAGCCUGAGGUGGGCAUGCUUUCAUCAGAUGAAGAGCAGGAAGAGAGCCCCGUGGAAAAGAGAAAUCUCCGGAAGAGAAAAAGCAUGGAACCAACACCUGUUGGCAGAUCCAAGCGCCGCAGCAGAACUUAG